GUCGUCUUUAUCACUUUCCUGUCAACCCCUUAUGUUCAUUUUGCCCAAAGCUACUCUAUCAUCCGGUUAAACAGGAACACGAGGCGGCCGCUUUCUUCUGUUUCGAAUUUCUACACGAUGAUCUACUUGGAAGCUUUCCUAACAUGGACGUCAGGUAGACUUUGUCACCAAAGAAGGUCGAUCCGUUCACAUGGUAAUUUUGGAUCCUAUGCCUACGGACGCAUUUACUUCUUGGAUGGGCUUGCUACCAGAAGCAUUCAUAAAGGCAUCUCAUGCAUUUCCUUCAUGAGUUUGAUAGCUUGAUCCCCAGCAGUUGACUCUGCUGCUUCCUUCCCUUGUUUCUUUCUACGCUGCUCUCUACUUAUGGCUUUGUCGAUUGCCACUCGGGAACUUAUUGGAACACUUGUGGAGCUUGCUGCAUAUGAUUAGUGUUUACUUGACCCUUCUCCCUCAGGGCUUGAUCGUCCUGUUGGGUAAUGGCUUGAGAGGCAAGAUCGUCAAGUAUUUCUUUGCCACUCUUCUUAUAAGUACUUUGGCGAUCACCAUUCACGUCGCCGCGGAUAUUGCUCGUGUUAAGGUAGCCUUCACCACCCGAUCCGGGGAUGUGGAUUUCGCCAACCAAUACUAUGGAAUAACAAGCUCGAGCCUGAACCUGCUCAAAAUGGCUGGUUAUGUUAUCAUCACGAUCGUCAUGGAUGCGCUUAUUGUUUUUCGAACAUUCGUAAUAUGGAAUCGAAGUUGGAAAAUUAUCAUCGUGCCUGGAGUCCUACUCUGUGCUGAUACUGCAAAGUCAAUUUGGUACAUCUGUACACUCUCCCUAAGCGGUUCUGUCGCUCCAGAUGGUGUUGAUUCACCACGGUUGCAACUCGUAUCCUUCUUUGCACUGAUCUGGGGUUUGAAUGUUAUUUGCACCGGUCUGAUCGCCUUCAAGAUUGGUAGAUCACAGUGGGUCUUGAACAAAUUCAAGGCCUCUGGAGACCAGCGAUUGCGUCGAGCAUUUUCUCUUAUUAUCGAGUCUGCUGCCAUCUACUCUCUGCUACUUUUUGUAGCCUUGAUACUCGCGAUCGCAGGUAGCAAUGGCCUCUAUAUUGUCUUCGACAUGUUGCCUCCUAUGAUUGGCAUUAUUUUCUUGUAUGUUAUCCUUCGUGGAUCGAAGAAUAAUCAAGACACAACAAACGGGGCGAUCACUACGGGCAACUCGACGUUUACCAAUAUCUCGAGUAUCAGACAUACUCCUCGUCUCCGCACCUCCAUUGACCUGGAGUAUCCUUCGGAGACUCAUGCUUCUAGCUUAUCUCCGGCUUCUAUCCAUCCCAUUCGUGCUGAGAGCGUGCAAGUCCAUGUGGAGCGGACACAUCGCGUCCGCACCUUGAACAGUCCUAUCUCCGAUAGCAGAGUGUGACUAUAAUACAUCAUAGCCAUAUAACGAGACCUUUCAUGUCCAUGUAUCCCGAUUUUAAAAUGUGUUUAACAGGAUGAAACAUCUUCAAUAUUGUACUACAUAUAUGUAGCAUAACAACCACAGCAUUCCAACCUAACUUCAAUGCUGAAUAGACUCUAUGAUUUAGAUCUAAGG